AUGCCCUUUUUUGUUAAUGUUUCUUGUCCAAAAGUUAAGAAUCCUGAAGGUUUUGUAAUUAUCAAUAAGAUCAAAGAUGAAUAUAAUCAUAUACUAAACAGUAAAAUUGUAGAAUAUGAAGAUGCUAAAAG